ACAGGAAACUCUGAGCCAUAAUGUGGAGGCACCUCGGAGCAGACGGGUGCCUUGCUCAAACCAAGUGGGAUACGGUUUGGCUUUGAUAGUGCGUUAAUUACUCAUGUGAUGUGAUACAGAUGUCUGGGGGCUUCAGCCGAAAGUUUGCCUGACAGUUUCCAAGGGGGCCAGGCAGACGUUUUAGAAAGCGCAGCCAUAGAGUGGAACCAUUUUACACUCGGUGAAAUCAAAGGACUGACUGUGUUCCAUAAUGGGCACCGCAGCUGUACACAUGUUGCUGCUAAUGGUCUGUAUGGCAGCCAGAGGAAUGUGCCAGAAAAACAGAGCUCCACACGAGAAAGAGCUGGGCUUCCUCGUCCUCUCCACCCUCCAGUCUGUGGACACGCACAGCACCAUCAGUCCAGUCACCAGGCCCGGUACCCAACUGCACCCUGCGGAGGCCAAAUUGCAAUCUGCAAGAUCUGGUUCUGGAAAUGAGACUGUCGUAAAAAGGCCAGUGCCACCCCCCAUGUGCAUGCAGAGGACGACUAUUAACGGCUACUUUAAAUACAUCAACACUACAAUCUCCAUCAUCGUGUUUGCCGUCGGCCUGGUUGGCAACGCCACCCUGCUCAGGAUCAUAUACCGACAUAAGUGCAUGAGGAACGGGCCCAACGCGCUGAUCGCGAGCCUGGCCCUCGGUGACCUCAUCUACAUUUUCAUUGACAUACCCAUCAAUGUGUACAAGCUCCUGGCGUCACGCUGGCCUUUUGACAACAGUGCUUUUGGCCUGGGUCUGUGUAAACUGGUGCCCUUCCUGCAGAAAGCCUCCGUGGGCAUCACUGUUCUCAACCUGUGUGCUCUCAGCGUGGACAGGUACAGGGCUGUGGCCUCGUGGAGCAGAGUACAGGGAGUGGGCGUUCCUCUCCUUACCGUCAUUGAGAUCGUGUCUAUCUGGGUGCUGUCACUCAUCCUGGCUGUACCAGAGGCCAUCGGCUUUGACGUUGUCACAUUCAACUACGGCAAUGAAACCAUACACUCCUGUAUGCUCAACCCCAAAAGUGACUUCAUGGAGUUUUACAGGGACGUCAAGGUCUGGUGGCUGUUUGGCUUCUACUUCUGUGUACCUCUGGCCUGCACGGCUGUCUUUUACACUCUGAUGACCAGUGAGAUGCUCAACCACAGGAACGGCAGCCUGCGUAUAGCUCUGAGUGAGCAUCUCAAACAGAGGAGGGAAGUGGCCAAAGCUGUCUUCUGCCUUGUGCUCAUCUUUGCCCUCUGCUGGUUUCCGCUGCACCUCAGCAGGAUUCUUAAGAAGACGGUUUACCAUCAGAAUGACAAAAUGAGGUGUGAGCUGCUGAGUUUCCUCUUGGUCCUGGAUUACCUCGGCAUCAACCUCGCAACUAUCAACUCCUGCAUAAAUCCAAUUAUCCUUUACUUUGUGAGCAAAAAGUUCAAGAACUGCUUCAAGUCCUGUUUGUGUUGCUGGUGCUACUCCGACAACCAGCUGAGCAGCAUCGGUCCCAUGAACGGUACCAGCGUCCAGUGUAAAAGCCCAGAGCCCAACAACCUGAACAGCGACCGCAGCAUCAGGAAGUACAGCAACUAAAGUCCCCCAUAAUGAAGCUUUGUAAAUUCUCCAGCAAUCGUAUCCCAUGUUAACACCACUGUGAGGCCGAACGGUGACUUUUCCCAAAGAACGGUCAGAAACUCCCGACGCUGAGAGCAGAGUGUGGUUUGUUUCCGAUGUGAUGAAAAGGACGGGUUGUUUGUGUUUUUCCCUGAUUGUUCAAAGUUAGCCACGUGUUUAUUAUUGUAGCCACGAAGACAAAGGUCCAGCUGCAGCAGGAAGUGCUAAUAUGAUGAUAUCAGCAUCAGCAGAUGUUCGUGUCGGUGGACAUGAGCGACCAACACGCGGCUCUACCCUGUCGUCGUGAGAAGAGCAGGAUGGUGGGCAGAUGAGGUACUGCGUUGUAUUUUUUGUAGGUCAUACCACGCAAGAUUUUACUCAAAUGGACAGGAAAGACCUUCUUUUAACUGCACUGUGAAUUUUACUAUACAUACUUAUAAAAAGUUAAAGUGUGCAUGUAAGCAGAGGAAUAUUUACUGUAAAUAGUGCCCACUUUUAUAAAGUGUUAUAUAUAACAGAGACAUAGAAGUAUUGAUGGUGGUAGCACAUAAACAUAUAGGAACAUUUUUGUUUGUUGUUUUUUUAAAUAUAGUUAUUUACAUUAAAGGCCAGACAUGGUUGAAGGAAAACCACUUGUGUUAAACAUGGAGUUACUGUCAGCUGCUGGUUAGCUUAUUAUAGUAACACUGAAGAAAAACGCUGUGUGUUCUGGGAAAGAUCAUUUUUAUGAGUUUUCAAAUCCAAAUUUGCAAUCCUCAGAAAGGACUUUGAUAAUCAAAUCACCGACUGUGGUGAGGUUUAUUCUAAGGUCUGUUUAUUGGAGCAAGAUGGAUCACUCUCAGGGACUUACUGGAAACAUGAAGAGGCCGUGUCCACAGAAAGAAACGAAAAGUGAUGUCAGAGGACGUGCUUUUUCAGCAGCUCUAAUAUCAAGUCCCAGUUGCUGAAAAAACAUGUAAAAAUAAAAAAAAACUUUCUAAUCCCAGCAACUUUACAGUCAGAUAGAGUGGCUUUUUUUUUUUUUUUUGGCUAUAAUUUGGCACUUGAAACACAAUCAUGUUCCGCUUUAUAUUGUAAUGUUCAAACAUGAUUUAAAACAAUAUUUACGGUUGUUCUGCUGGCCUGAUUCUCAGCAGUGCGGCAAUUUCCUGGGUGAGUGAACCUAAGCUAAGCUAAGCUCCAUGCUGCAGCUUUAUAUUUAACAUGCAGAAACAAGGGUGGUAUCAAUUUAACCGACGCUCAGCAAGAAAGUAGCCUACAGGAAAUUGCAGCCUUGCGGUGUCGAUGACAUGUGGAAAUCAUCCUCAGAACAACUGAACCUUAUUCUGUGUCAUAUGUGUGUGUGGACUCAUGUAAACCUGUGUGUGUGUGUGUGCCUUGGUGUGUGUUGCACUUCAUUUUCUGUUUUGCAGAGUUUUGUAUAAAUAUGUAAACCAAACCCAGUGUUAACGGUGCAGUAUUAUAUUUUUACCACAAUUCAUUAUGUUAUACUUGAGAUAUGUAUGAACUAUAGGGAAUUUCUUCUUUGUGUGUUGGUUUCAAGUGUAAACCUGAUAUUAUUGCUGCUGCUGCUUGUAUCAAUAAAUCAUUUUCCAUCUCAAGCACAAAGA